GUUCGCUGUGCGCCUUCCCGUGCGAGGGCUGCGCGCACUGCGGCGACCACAUGGACGUUCCAUUCGACAUGGAGGCCUCACAGUCCGCCAGGUUUCUCCCCUGCGGCAGCCAGUGCGCGGGGACCUGCCUGGAGGGCCGCUGCGGCUACGCGCAGUCCUACACCGAGGGCAGCUCGAUCGCCGGCCUCUGGUUCCAGGACCAGGUGCGGCUGGGGGACGUCGACGAGCGCAACCCAGCCGUGAAUGCCACCCUCGGCUGCCACACGGACGAGCGCAACCUGUUCUACACCCAGCGCGUGAACGGCAUCAUGGGUAUGGCGCCGCACGAGAACGGAGGCUGGCCCACGAUCCUGCAGGACCUCUUCGUGGACAAGGAGCACGUGAGCGCCGGCAUCUUCGCCCUAUGCCUGUCGGAGUGGGGCGGCCGCCUGACGGUCGGGGGGCACGACCCGUCGGUGCACGCUCCGGGGCGCGAGAUCCAGUGGAUACAGCUGCAGCACUCGGGCUACUACUCCGUCGCCCUGUCGAGCCUCUCCAUCGGCGGCGCCGUGGUCGGGUCGGGCUCUGCCGCGUUCGGCGCGCGC